AUGUCCUCGGCUACGGAUCGCUCCACCCGACCACCCUUUGGGAGUAUACGUCGAAGGACGAAAAAAGCGUGCGAAACCUGCAAGCUGCGUAAGCGGAAAUGCGACGGCCAUGAGCCAUGCUCAUUCUGCCUCAAAUACGAAUAUGACUGCUCGUACGAGACACAGCCACGGAAGAAGCCAUCAAGGCCAAGUAUUGCAAGGCCUCCGAACAAAUCACGAGAAAGGCCUUCCUCGCCGGCACUCGUGGCAAGGCCUGAUGUCAAUCAACAGCAGAUGGAGGCGAACUCAGGCACAGCAUUCCCUCAUUUCCUGGGCAAGAGCUUGAACCCGCAGAACCCCCCAAAAGUGCACGGCUUCAGCUGGAACCUAGGUCUUCGACAUGAGCCAAUACAAGACUUUGCUAAUAUCACGAGCCUAGUCUCUAAAGAUGAAAUGAGAGUUCUAGUUGGCCACUAUCUCGAACGGAUACACCCCGUAUAUGCUGUUCUCAAUCGUGAUAUGUUAGAGAAGAAGGUCGCCCUGCGCUGGGAUGACGCGAUCGCCUUUGACAGCUAUGAUCCGGUUCUUUACGGCGUUGCAGCCUUGGGCUCACUCUACUCCGGCGAUAAAGGACAUAGAAACGAAGAAGCGCUGGUCCACUGUGCAAAGGAAAUCCUGGAAGCAUCCUGCACUAUGAUCAAACCACUCAUACACCAUGCUACUGCAUGGGUCUUACGGACCCUCUACCUCCGAAGCACCAGCGGUCCUCAUACCUCAUGGAUGGCCAGCUGCUCUGCAAUGCACAUCAUCGAAGCAGCAGGAGCGCAUCAGGAUCCUGGAAUGGUCUCCCUGGUGUAUUCCGAUACGGCAGAUGUUGGUGUCGAUGAAGAGAGUCAGCGAAGGCUAUUCUGGGUUGCGACGGUUCUAAAUACGUGGAUCUCUUAUGAAUAUGGCAGGUCUCGCGUCAUCUUACGAGGCAUUUCGUGCAAGCCACCUGUGCCGCGAGCGGGAGAUUUGACCGCGGAACUGGUCUCAUUAUUCCAGAUUUCCGAACAGCUGGAACCCGAUCAGAAAAAUAGACCUUCAGACCUUGAAGAUGUUUUAUAUCACGUCGGAGGUCUAACCCUUACCCACGAUGCCUUAGUCUUGUCCCAAGCUAAUCUAGCAUUUACGAUAUACCGCCGUCUCCGGGUGGCUGCUUCCAGCAUUUCUAACGAUGUCAUAAACUGCAUCAUCCGGCUAGGUAGUGAAGGGACCGCUGCCGCGGUUCGUAUGUCUGAGAAGCGUUCUCCCUGGUGGCAUGUUGCCAACGUUCCUUUCCAGUUUCUCUGCAUUUUGCUCGCAAUAGAUUCUAAAGAGUCAUUGUCACACGUGAGCCACGCCAUGCGCUCAUUCAAGACUGUCGGGGUUCACUUUAGUACGCCUGCUGUUCACGUCGCCAUAGAGACCGUUGAUUCCUUGAUAAAGUUAUUACAGAGGAAGAAAGAGCGGGAAAUCACUCUCCUGAAGGAUUCCACCCAGGAUCAGGACUUAGGACUAUUUGAACGAAACACAUCAUCUACGGAAGAGUACCGUUCACUAUGGCAAGGGGGCUUAAUCGACGAAAAUAGCGCAGAAAUCUUUGACUGGGAUUGGAAUGCUUUUUUCGAUGCCGAAAUAUCACUUUUUGACGACAGGGGACAUGGUGGGCAGAUCCGGUAUUGA